UCUCCGUGGGAUCCAAGAUCUUUGCUACUCUCGACCUUUCUUUCCAGAGUGUCGCUCGCUUUCCCUUUUAUCAGUCUUCAACCUCCCCAGCCAAGCGGCCCCUUGUAGCAGGCCUCCAUAUUUACUCCGCUUUGCGCGGUACAGUCACAGCAGCAACUUGAUACUCUGACAGCACAGAAUUCUCGGUGAUCAUGGCUUUAGGGCCAAUGCGAUAUCUCCUGUUCGCCGUCACAGGUUUGGCACUUUUUUUCUUAAUAUCGAGAAGCGCGAUACCGAUCCCGGACCAGCUCGGCUCCAAAUUGAACUAUGGGACUUCCUCGUCCUCGUCCUCUUCGUCGUACUCCCAGAGCGAUGCCGCAGCGGCGUACUCAUCCAACAAGGUCGUCCCUGCGGUCGACCGCGUGAAUGCAACAUUCGUGACUCUGGCUCGGAACAGCGACCUCUGGGAUAUGGUCAAGUCGAUCCGCACUGUGGAGGACCGAUUCAACCGCAACUAUCACUACGACUGGGUCUUCUUGAACGACAAGCCAUUUGACGAUGAGUUCAUCAAGAUCACCUCUGCACUCGUCUCCGGAGAGACUCAUUAUGGCGUGAUCCCUAAGGAGCAUUGGUCAUACCCUGAUUGGAUUGACCAGGAGAAAGCGAAGAAGGUGCGACAAGAGAUGGGCGAAAAGAAGAUUAUUUACGGUGACUCGGAAAGCUAUCGUCACAUGUGCCGUUACGAAUCGGGCUUCUUCUUCCGCCACCCGCUAAUGUUGAACUUUGAGUACUACUGGCGUGUGGAGCCCAGCAUCGAACUGUUUUGCGACGUCCCGUUUGAUCCAUUCCGUUUCAUGAAGGAGAACGACAAGAAAUACAGUUUUACGCUCAGCUUGUACGAGUACUAUGACACGAUUCCCACCCUCUGGGACACCACACAGCAGUUUGUUGGCGAACACCCUGAACAUAUCUCCAACGACAACUCUAUGGGCUUUUUGAGCGACGAUGGCGGCAAGACCUAUAACAAAUGUCACUUUUGGUCGAACUUUGAAGUCGGAAGCCUGGAUUGGCUGAGAUCGAAGGCCUACAUUGACUACUUCGAGACUCUGGAUCAUGCCGGUGGUUUCUUCUACGAGCGGUGGGGCGACGCGCCAGUUCAUUCCAUUGCCGCCGGUCUGCUCCUGGACAAGAAGCAGAUUCAUUUCUUUGACGAGAUCGGCUACUAUCACGUGCCAUUUACACAUUGUCCAACCGAGGAGAAGAAGAGACUGGAUCUGAAAUGCUCCUGCAACCCCAACGACAACUUCGACUGGAAGGGGUAUUCAUGCACAUCGCGGUACUUCCAAAUCAACAACAUGGACAAGCCCGAGGGCUACGAGGAUCAAAGCUGAAGCCGUGCGAUCGGAGUAUUUAUGAUCUUGGCAGUCCUGCUCUGCGGUGUUGUAGUUAAACUAGGGAAACCCGGGCGCUGGUGGUUCAGAGAGCAGGUCAUCUGA